UGGGUUAAUUCUCGUCGUUCCUCUCUUUCUGCACUGAUUAUCAAUUUCCUUCCCAUUCCAACUCUACAGAGGAGCCAGCAAAGUUGUGUUUACAAUCUCCUCUCAGCAGCAGCAAAUCUAGGGUUUUCUCGCCCCUUUUCUUUCGCUUUCAUUCAGCUUCUGCGUGUGCCUAAAGGUCUUCUCCAUGGAUCCAGAGGCUGCACGAACUGCUCGGGAAUCGCUAGAUCUCGCCUUUCAUAUUUCCAACAUACUCAAUACUGGGAUUGAUCGCCACACCCUCUCUGUCCUUAUUGCUCUUUGUGACAUGGGAGUGAAUCCGGAGGCUCUAGCUGCUGUUGUCAAGGAACUACGUCAAGAGCCACCUUCAUCAGAGGCCAUCAUCUCCAAGAACUCGCCAUCACUUACCCGACCAACGUAACAAGUUUAUUCUUCUGCUGGUUUCAAAGUUCACGUAUACUUUCAAACCAGUACUUAUUCAGUCCUGUACUUUGCCUUUGCUCUGUUUAGUUGCUUUGCAUAUUAGCUGCUUUGUAGUGUCAAACGAACAUCGAUUUAGUCUCUACAAAAUUGCUGAUGCUUCAAAAUCAAAAUGAGAAUGGGAUGUUGAAAUGUUGAUUGUAUA